AUCAAAAGGGUUGGACUUUUCAGCAAUUACCAUGAUCCUCAUCUUCACUUGGAAUCCAGUGGACUAUUGAAUAGGCAAAUAAAACCGGCUUGUUCAGCAAGAUGAAACAAAGUAUCUGCCUGAAUUGCUAAUUUCAUUAGUGGGAAAAAUUUGGAGGCCAGGGAACAUCAAGAGCAGAUGAAUCUCCUUAUGCUCAACCCCCUGCCAUGACUGAAUUCGCAGGGCACUGAGCUGGGAGCAGCCCCCAGCCUUGCUGCAAGGCCCUGUACCUGCAAUGCAGUGCUGUGCAGUUGCAGCUAGGUGGUGGAGGCAAAGCCCUCUUCUCCCUCACUCUUGCACAAAGCUUUGCUGCCUUCCAGAAGAACCAUCCCCUCCGAUGUGCUUCCUGCCUUUGGGUUUUUAAUGGCUCUUUCGAAAACGAUUGGGCUGUCACCAGGAAUAUCUUUAGCAAUGGGAGGUCGUGCUUCCUGCAGACCAGACAACCAGCAUCGGGGCCCUGCUGCUCAUUCAGAGAAUGAUCUUCCAGAGCAAGAGGAAGAAAUCCUGGGAUCAGAUGAUGAUGAACAAGAGGAUCCAAAUGAUUACUGCAAAGGUGGUUAUCACCUGGUGAAAAUAGGAGAUCUCUUUAAUGCACGAUACCACGUGAUUCGGAAGCUUGGAUGGGGCCACUUCUCCACUGUCUGGCUGGCUUGGGACAUCCAAGGGAGGAGAUUUGUGGCAAUGAAGGUGGUGAAGAGUGCAGAGCACUACACAGAAACAGCACUGGAUGAAAUCAAGUUGCUAAAAUCAGUUCGCAACAGUGACCCAAAUGAUCCAAGUAAAGAGAGAGUUGUUCAGUUAUUAGAUGACUUCAAGAUUUCAGGAGUUAAUGGCUCUCAUAUCUGUAUGGUGUUUGAAGUUCUAGGGCAUCAUCUCCUGAAGUGGAUCAUCAAGUCAAAUUAUCAAGGGCUUCCACUUCCUUGUGUCAAAAAGAUCAUCAAACAGGUUCUUCAGGGUCUGGAUUACUUGCACACCAAAUGUAGAAUCAUUCACACAGAUAUUAAACCUGAGAACAUUCUGCUGUGUGUUAAUGACCAGUACAUCCGCAGGCUGGCAGCAGAAGCAACAGAGUGGCAGAGAUCUGGAGCUCCCCCACCCUCUGGCUCUGCAGUGAGCACUGCACCCCAGCCAAAACCAGCUGACAAAAUGUCAAAGAAUAAGAAAAAGAAGUUGAAAAAGAAGCAGAAACGACAGGCUGAGUUGUUAGAGAAGCGAAUGCAAGAGAUUGAGGAAAUGGAGAAGGAAGCAAGCCCUGGGCAGACACAGCCUGAAGAGGAGGAAGAGGCUCAGAGCCCUCUGGAAAUGCUCAUCAAAGUCAGUCCACCAGAGGAAAACAUCAACAAAAAGACAGCUGAAGAGCAGUCAGUCCUCAUGGAGAGCAGUGUGGAAAAAUGUGUGACAGAAAUAAACCUCAACGGAGUGAUCCAGCUGACAGACUUCCCAGACUCCAGCAACCAAGGCUCUGUGCAACUGGAGGAUGACCUUCAUAAUGCCAAUGACUGUUGUCACCCAAAGGAGAACUUCCACACUUGUGAUUACAGUCAGACUAAUGGUGAUUCAGAGAACAGGCCCCAAAAAGCAAUGUCGGACUCGUUGCCCUUAGUUCCAGAAGAUUCCAUGGUGUGUCAGCCCACCCCCAACCAAGAGCAAGCACUCAGUGAGCAGGAGAUGAACCAUUUGCAGGAAAGCAUCAGGACAGAAACACCUUCAGAGGAUGAGAAUGAGAAUCACAGCCCAACAGACAACAAAGGAAAAUCAACUGCUGGGAAUUUCCUUCUUAAUCCUCUUGAGCCCAAGAAUGCAGAUAAGCUCAAAGUGAAGAUAGCUGACCUAGGAAAUGCCUGCUGGGUGCACAAGCACUUCACUGAAGACAUCCAGACAAGGCAGUACAGAUCCUUGGAGGUGUUGAUAGGCUCAGGCUAUAACACCCCUGCUGACAUCUGGAGCACGGCCUGCAUGGCUUUUGAGCUGGCAACAGGAGACUAUCUCUUUGAGCCCCAUUCUGGGGUGGAUUACUCACGGGAUGAAGAUCACAUUGCAUUGAUCAUAGAACUUCUGGGGAAAAUACCUCGCAAGCUCAUUCUGGCAGGAAAAUAUUCCAAGGAGUUUUUCACCAAAAAAGGUGAUCUAAAGCACAUCACCAAACUGAAGCCCUGGGGCCUUUUUGAAGUCUUGGUGGAAAAAUACGAAUGGGCCCAAGAUGAGGCAGCUGCAUUCACAGACUUCUUGUUACCAAUGUUGGAGCUGAUCCCAGAGAAAAGAGCUACAGCAGCUGAGUGUCUCAGGCACCCCUGGCUUAACUCCUAGAGCCUUCAACCCAAUGCCACAGCACUACCCUCUGGUUUACAGCCUAGCCUACACGUGCCCAGCUGCCCUUCUCAGAUCUGUUACUUUGGGUUUUGUUUUUUUUUUUUCUUUUUUCCCCUUCUUCAUUUUCAAUGUGAAGUUCUUCCUUCAAGGCUUCCAAGAUUUUAGAUAAAUCUAACCUGUUCUGCUGAGUUUGCUUGUGUGACUCAAUGGGGACUCUCCUUAGCCAGUGGGCAUCAUCUGGGGUUUGCCUUGACUGGGCUUCACCAAAGACUUAAUUGACUACAACAUGAAGUUGUUUGGGGUUUUUUUUUUCCUGAGUCUCCUCGCUGUUAAUCACUGUGUGCUACAGAUGUGAGCUCACCUGUGCUCAGAGAAUGCUCCCUUAGAUAAAUCUCAACUCUUUUCUUCACCAGGGGGAUGUGAAGAUCCAAACCACCUCCUUAUCUCACUGACUCAGGAGUCAUAUUCCUGCUCUUCACCCAGUAGCAACAGGGUGAGAAGUAACGUGGCCCCCAGGUGCUGUUAGUUCCCUGUAGAGCAAAGACCUCCAAACCCUCCAUCAUUUUCUAGGUGUCUGCUCUAUCCUUCCUUUCUUUAGUUCUAGCUGCUUAAAUCCUUUCAAAAAGAGCUAUUUAAACCUAGGGUUUAGCAUCCUUCACUUCUUCCUCUAAAGUGCCCUUUCCCUUUUUUCCUUCCCUGUGCCCAGAUAGUCAGGAUAGUUUCUGAACUUGAUGUUUUCUACUCCAAUGCCUGUGACUGAGCUGACAAGCAAAAAAACUGGAGCUGACUCAACGCACAAUCCUCAGCAUACAGCUGGGUGCACCCUUUGGCUGCUGUGUUGCAGGCAGCUCUUUAAUAUUUCAGUGAGCUCUAAGGGUUUUUUUUUAUUUUUAUCCCUUACUGGCACUUUUUUGCCUUGCUUGAAGCAGUUGCUGUAUCCAUCAGAGAUUUGCUUUCACUGGGGCAGUCUACCCUGACUCUUGAUUUUUCCCUUUUUCUCAAGAAAAGGGUGGCAGCAUCUCUGUGACAGCCAUGCUCUAGCCAUGCUCUAGCCCUUCUUCCAAAACCAACACUUGAAGGCCCAGUGUAAAGAUCUUUUUUUUUUGUUGUUUAACUUGCUCCAGGUGCUGGCCUUCAGAAAUAAUUUCCCAGGAUGGGACUGCCUUUUAUUUUCUGGGCUUUUAGCACAAGGAGAGCUGGCAAAAGUGGAAGAGAACUGACUUUCUUGUGUAGAUACUGGAUUAGAAGCUGUUCCUAGAGUUCACCCCAAGUGAAAACGUUCUGUGGGGUUUCUGUGUGAACUCCUCAGACAGGGUUGGAUAUAAUGAGUAAAUGGGUUCAUUUUUAUUAAAUCACUGGGGGGUUUGAUAGUUUUAUGAUGGCUUCUUCUAGACUUGCCUGUCCUGUUACAGAUUCAGUGCAUCCUAAAGCAAGAUUUGGCAGCAUGGAGGCUUCAGAGGCAUUUCCUUACCCUGGACCAAACAGGCCUUUGGAUUCCUGGUGGCUCUCAGAGGACAGAACUUGCUGCAGGACCAUGCUGGAGGCCUUGCAGAUGCUCUCUGAGACAGUUACCUUGCCAAAGCUGCCAAGACCACUGUUACAUGUCACUUUUCUGUGUGUGUUUAGGAAUUCUGGUUCAGAAGGAUCAUUCAUCCAUAAACCUUGGUGUCAUUUAAUCCACUUGACAAGAGUUUCUCCAGUCCAAGCUCCUGACUGGGCUUAUUAAUGCAAGUCAUGCUGCAUGUUCUCUUAGGGGUAGGUCAGGUUCUCUAUGCACCUAGUCUAAAAUUAAAGGAAGGUAACCUACCAGAAGAGUUUUUAAACUGUUGAUUUGAGUUGUUUUGGGGUUUUUUUUUCCCCUUUAACAUGGAUUUUUCCAGUGGCCUGUUACUUACAUAUCUGUUACAGGGUUACAGGGCUGCAGACAGGACCAGCUUCCAAAAUACCUACUGUGAAGAUCCCCUGGCAGGGCAAACCUUGUCUUGAAAACUUCUUCUCUUGUCUUGAAAACUUCUUCUCUUGUCUUGAAAACUUCUUCUCUUGUCUUGAAAACUUCUUCUCUUGUCUUGAAAACUUCACCUCUCCCCUAUGCUUGAGACUGAGCAAGAAAAGAACUUUUCCUAGAAUGGGGUCUGCACACUUUGACUCCAAGAGCUCCUUCCCAUCCUGCCCUCUGCCACCCCUGCCUGCAGGAGGAGGAGGAGGUUUUGUACCCUGACAGCCAAGGCUCAGAGCCAGCUUGUGAGGUGAAGCCCUGAGUUUUCAGGGUUUCAGUCUUGUCCUGUGUGCUCCUUCACUUGGGCUUUGUUCAGUUUCCAAAUUGCCAUAAAGUGCUCACACUAGAGGAUUUGUACUUGCUGUGUCAGUCUAAAACCUGAAGGAAAAUACAUUUUUAUUCUUUC